AUGUAUAAUAUUUGUUUAUUUUUAGAUCUGCCAAAAACUAAGAUGUCUUUAGGUUGUUCUGGCCGAAUUAGAGUAGAAGAAAAAUUGAAGCGAUAUGAGAAAAUUGAAUUCCUUGGUGAAGGGCAGUUUGCCACAGUUUACAAGGCUUUGGACACAGAAACUCAACAAAUUGUUGCUGUGAAGAAGAUCAAACUUGGCAGCCGAGAAGAGGCUCGAGAUGGUAUUAACAGAACUGCUCUACGCGAGGUUAAACUGCUGCAAGAAGUGAAGCAUCCAAACCUCAUUGGCCUCCUAGAUGUCUUUGGAUACAAAUCUGAUGUUUCUCUAGUGUUUGAUUUUAUGGACACUGACUUGGAGGUUAUCAUUAAAGACACUGAAAAUAUUAGUGUUUUAACUCCACCAAAUAUCAAGGCAUACCUUAUACAAACUUUGCAAGGAUUGGAGUUCCUUCAUAAACAUUGGAUCUUACAUAGGGACAUCAAACCAAAUAAUUUGCUUGUCAACACCGAAGGGGUUUUGAAAGUUGGCGAUUUUGGUUUGGCCAGGUUUUUUGGUUCUCCUAACAGACCUUACUCCCAUCAAGUAGUUACUAGAUGGUAUAGAUGUCCAGAACUGUUGUUUGGUGCUCGUCAAUAUGGCCCUGGCGUGGACACAUGGGCCGUAGGCUGCAUACUGGCAGAGCUGCUUGUUCGAGUGCCUUAUUUCCCUGGCGACAGUGACCUGGCACAGCUUACUACAAUAUUUACUGCACUUGGCACUCCUACAGACACAUCUUGGCCGGGCAUGGAGACUCUUCCGGACUAUGUAGCGUUCAAGCCCAUGGAAGGUUCUGCCAUGAAGGACCUUUUCCCUGCGGCGCCUGACGACCUCAUUGAGCUGCUGGAGGCGCUGCUGGCCAUCAACCCCCUGCACCGCUCUGACUGCACCGCCGCGCUCAAGCUGCCUUACUUCUCAAAUAUGCCGCCCCCGACACCUGGGCCUCUCCUGCCGCUGCCCGCGUGCGUGAAGAGACAGGCCGGAGGUGCGGAAAAGGAGGGCGCCGCCAAGAGCCUCAAGCGCAAAAUCAUCGACACGACCGGACUUGGAGGAUCGUUGGCAAAGCGACUUCAAUUCUAAGCAGCUACGGUAUGGUCGUCAUAAAAAGCUCAACUAUUGCUUUUCUCUAAACUAAACCAAAGACGAAACUGUACCGCGAUUGCAUGCAUUCAGUAUGGGUGAUAGCCGUGGCAGCCCAGUCAAGAACCACACUCGUCUUUAACUAGACAUUUGUAACACAACGUCUACAACAUCGUCGUAUUGCUCUGGGAGUAAUCUCCACAUUCCGUUCAUGAAGACAAACAUUUGAGCUGAGGUAAACGAGCAAAUAUGCCAAUACCAAUGCUGGGAACACCCGAGACAACUGAAGAUUAAUGUGAUAAUAGCCGAUUGUUGGUUUAUUUAUUGCUUUGUAACGUAUUAAAUUUUUUUACGGAA